AUGAUCGACGCGAUUUCCUCAAACCUCAUCUCCACAAUCCAACUCUGCCGCAACUCCUCCAUCUCCGUCUUCUUCACCCGCCACCACCACAACUCACCGGGUAACUAA